CAUUAUGAUUAAAGAUCUAAACCUUUGUGUUUUUAAACGCUGUUCACCGUCGCCUCGUUUUCGUAGCAGUAGGUUUUAUUGACUAAUCUGAUAAAAGAUCGAAACGCUGCUAAUAACUCGAAUGAAACAAGAUGCUGGCUUAGAUUACGAGAUAUCAGUGAAAUGUAUGAAAGCAUGCUUUAUAAAGUGAAAGCUACGAGUUCUCUGUUACCAUGAUCGCAUCCACCCUCAUCUCACCCAAAGGUGAUGCGGAGUUAAUAGCGCACCGUUGAGCGCGUGGGAGAGACUCGUAUCUCAUUACAUUCGAGAACUUCAUCCGGUACAAGAGGCAUUUCUUGCGCGAGACUCAAGUUAUUUGAACUUCUUGAGGAGCAGGCAUGGAUACAGCGCGGGCAGCCAGGGCGCAUAUUAUCUGGACAUCGAUAGCUUUGGUCUUUAUUUUAAUCGCGUCGUGCUUGACUUAUGUCUUCAUGUCCAAGGUGCACGGAUGCCAAGCAAUUAGCACCGUGAAUGUCUCUGCAAUAGAAAGCAUGUUCUCCAGAAAGAGUUUCUCUCGGGAACAAUGGCUUUUAACAGCUCGGGACUACAAUACAAAUAAUUACUUGAUAUGGGAGGAUGAGUGGCGCGGAUACACGGACUUGCAUGAGAGCAUUCUGGACCAGAGCAACGUGUCGAUGGUCAUUCAAGAGAAAGGCGUCUACCUGGUCUACAUACAAAUUAACUUCCAACUCCACCCGCAGAAGGACAAAACGUCUACCGAACUCAAAAUUUUAGUGGAUUUCGGUUUUGAUGGAAAGAAGGAGCUGUAUUCAGCCGCGCAUGACACUCAGAAUGUGAGUGUCCCGUAUCAUGAAGCAAAGCUCAACACUUUCCUUCUGAUGAAAAUGCAGCCAACAAGCCAGUUAUCAGUGAAAGUGUUUCCGAGCGAAUGUGUGAACUACACGCCGCGACCCUUUUCCAGUUUUAUCACUAUCGUAAAAUGGGCAGACAACUGGUAGGCUGUGGCAUAUAUUGCAGACGCCAUUGGCUUUCCAGGUGAAAACUAUAUCCAUGUCCAGUUUUUUCGAGUGGCUCUUCUUAUAUUCUUGCUUUUAAGUGUGACAUUUCGGAAGAAUGCGGUCUCGAGAUCAGCUGCUAGAACACCUGAGAUUUUCCAGCUGUUGUACUAGGAAAUGCUCGCUGACAUUAACAAGGAUUGCGUGGGGGGUUGUGAUACUUUCUUGGUGUUUUUUCUUCUUCCUUUCGAAAUAUGAAGAUCACAUCUCAUGAUCUUCUCAGAAGCAUGACACAUUUUCCUCUCAACAGAUAUACGAGUUAGGUUUGUUUUGUUUCAGUUUUUAUGACUCAAGAUGAAAAAAAAAGGGCACGAUAUACUGUUAAUGAGCACUGGCUUUGAAGAUUCUCGUGUAUUACGUACAUAAAAGAUGUCAUAGGUGCCUGCAAACAAACACCGUUUUACAAAACAGUUGUAAGCUAAUUCUGAGCAAGUGGGUAUUUUUUAUUAGUAAAAUGCAUCUUCCUGUAUAUACAAUCAUACAGUUUUUUAAUCAUCGACAGCUGAAUGUAAAAACCUCAUAACACCCUGUCUUUAUCCAGUGUCAGUGUUUGAUAUAAAUGCUCUUUGUAUCAAAAGCUAUUGAGCAAUAUUUUAUUAUGUAAAUAAGCCAAGAAACCAGCAAAUAUAUAUAUAUAUAUAUUUUAAAGUUAAUGAAACGUGGUGCCAGUUUUUAGCUAUAAGCAGAUUCAUCCAGCCACAGAAGCAUUUAUUUAUUGAUGCAUGGAUGUCAUGGAAACGUUUUCUUAUGAGGGUGACUAGGGGUGAAUUUUUUUUUUUUUUUUUUUUUUUUUUUUUUU